GUAGCUGUAUGUGUGGGGCGGGACCAGUCGAAUUAAUUUCACGUGGACAUGCACGUGAAGUUGUGUUUAAAAAGGUAUCUUUUAGAUUAUGAAGGAUUUUCCGGCAGCCUGUCAAAUUUGCUGAAUUGGAAAUCUUCCAUUGUAACCUUAUAACGCAAGUAUUUUAUGAAGGACAUAAGUUAUUAUGCUGACGAGCUCCGGCGAUUUUUGGGGUUGAAAAAGCUGACGAGUGACAGCUCAGCUGUGGCCGGCAUUAUUCGAGGAAUUAGGCCCUAUUGACAUGAUUGAAAAACACCUUAGGAAACUUGAUACACGUGCACACUACCAGAGUUUUUCGUACAUGCAGCCCCUCUCAUCUGAUUGAUGGUAUGGCAGAAACUCUAAGAACGGAGGAACUGAUGAACUAUAGACGGCUGGACUCUUCUCUUCCCCGUAGGGGUCCUAAGGAAAAAAGUCCGGAUGGCUCCCAACGCCAGGAACAGAAGCUGCGGAGUCUUCAUGAGCAGCAAAUUACGUUACUGAAAGAACGGAGGGUGGCUAAACUAAGCAAUUUGGCCAUAGGUGAAUGGAGUCCCUGCAAGGAGCUGGUGGAGGUCAAAGUUGAAAAGGGGAAGUUUUGGCAGACCAUGGGGUACCAUUCUGGUGGUCGGAAGUACCUGUAUGCUGAGGAGGGACUCUUUCUGUUGGAGAUGAAUGGCAUGGAGUUGAGACAUCGGGGAGUACCAUUGACAAUGCAGGAAGCAUAUGAGCUGAUGAUACCUGAGCAAUUCUCAUUGGAGCAUUACCAGGUUUACAGCCAUCUGAUGAGACUGGGAUACAUCACCACAAGACAUAAAGAGAAUGAUAUCACAGAUUAUGAGUAUCGCAUCCGUCUGCAUCAAUAUCGUCACAAUCAAAAGAAGGUUUAUCGGAAAGUGCAGGGAUGGUUCCAGCAGAUGGAUGAUGAUACCAAGACGGAUAUGCAAGAGGAGGUAAUAGAUCGCUAUGGUGAUACCUCAGCUCAUACCUCCAUUCCUGAAGGUCAACAGACGAGUAAUGACAUGAGCAACAGCAGCUUCGCUGGAGUCUCUAGCCGAGCAUCCAACGAUCAAGCUGUCACUGGGGAUGCUAUGAAUAGUGGGGGGUUUCCUCCACUUCCUGGAUCAGAGACAAGCAGCAGCAUCAACAACCUACCCUCAGAGGCUAGCUCCUUGUACUCAGAUAGCCCUGUCAUGGUGCGGCCUGUCCGUCAAGAGGGAUUUGGCGCAUCAAUCAACCUGCUGAACUAUCACAAGAUGUUCUUACAAGCCAGCGAUAAUGUUGCUGAUGACUCAGUGAAGCGAAGUCUACCCAGCAGCACCAGCUACACUGAGUCAGAUGAGAAAGGUAAAGAAGAAGAGGAUCUAGAGCAUUCCAAGAAGCGACGUAAGCUAGAUCUUGAUAAUGAGCUCAUCGUCUACUCAGACAGCGGUAGAGAUAGCAGUGUGAAGACCAACCAAGCCUUAUAUCGACUACCCUCAUCAGAAGACUCUCCAACCAAAUACAACCCCUUGAAGGAAUACCCACUCAACUUCCAAAUCAAGAAGGAGGACUUUGAUAAGCUUCUGCGGCCAUCUAACACCCCUUGGGAAAGCUCUGACCUAGGUACAUCCCAUCCAUCCUGCACUCCUUCUGUCAACAUUGAUGAUGUCCUAGACACCUUCUUGCCAACCUUCAAUGACCGUUCAGACAGUGACUCGAUGUCCUGUCCUUACUCCAGCUGGAACUUCCAGACCAUCAAGCUGCCCAACCUGGCCGAUGGAAAAUGGUCUGAGAACUACUCAGCUUUCUUCAAAGACUGUAAAUCUAAAGAGAUCCCUGCAUCCAAAGACAAAAAGUCUGAUAUGAGUGAUGAGAAUGCGGAACAGCUUAUGAAAGCUUCCCAAGAGCUGUUGAAAACCUCCGCUAAGAUGAUUGCCACGUCUGGUAAGAUGAUGGCCAACAGUGGGAAGACAGCAUCCAGUCUAGAGGACCGUGCAGGCUUCAUGAAGAAAAAACUUCCAACUAACUGGGGAGAGUACAAGAAACUAUUGAUGCUUGGGGUUGAAGAGGAUAGCCAAGAUCUUCUGGAAUGUCCAACUGCUCAUCUCUGGCAGGGUGAUGUCAAACCUUUGGUUCAUCCUUCUGAAGCCACAUAUACUGGAAACCUACUGAGCAAACUGCAGGUCAUCUCCAGUGCUAAUGUGUCAUCUGAACAUGUCAGAUUGUCACCACCGCUGGGCUCUAGCAUCAAACUUGCCUUCGAUGUGUUUCUCUCGAGUCCAACCCACAAGAAAACGCAGCCUGGUCGACCCAAAUUUCAUGUUGUUGUUGCAAGAGUGACAGAUGCCGUGCCUGACCUAUUCACUCUUGCCAACCUCUUGCAACAAGCCAGCGCAAUCACACUUCUUGUUGCUGUAGUGGAUAAUGGAGACAUCACAUUCUACACUCUGAAGGGCAUUGAACUGUCUACUGAUAUCAGUCUUGGUUAAGAUCUUGAGAGUCUACGCCUUGGUGUAAGACAGGGAUGUCUGUGUAUGGCUAUGGACAGUCCAGCAUCCUUUCAGAGGCAAAACAGCCUCAGUCAUGGCCAAGAAAACCCCACGAUUUGAACAAGACUGUACUAUCUGCUCCGUUCACAAGUACCCCCUCACCGGCAAAGGAAGUACAGUUGGGGGUGCCUGACUGCAAUUUUGCCACGACGCGUGGCCGUACCACUGCGUGUACUUAGUACAAAUCCCCUGGUGUACGUGCGUCACACACAAGGAACGGUGCGCGUCAACCAGUUAAAUGUCCCGCCCAUGGGACGUCGUUGUUAGGUAAAAGGGCGCCCUCUUUGUUAGCGCACGGAGCUCAUAAGCAUCUGUAAAUAUAUAAAUCCUGUUUAAAUUUUGUGCAGACUUCAUCUUGUUGCAAUACCCGUCUUCAUGUGCAUGUGUAUUUAUAGUCUGGUCUCUGUUUUGAUAAACUGAUUCUAGAGCACAACACACAGACACAGGAUGCAAACGUUUCAUAUGUGAUUACACAACUCCAACAUGACGUAUACACGUUUAUGGCUUCUGACCAGCCCCCCUUGAUCAAAGACAUUGACAAAUUGGGGAACCACCAAUAUAGGGCUGGAUAGCUCAGUUGGAAGAGCACCGGAACGGUAAUCAGGUCGCAGGUUCAAACCCCGCUCCAGUCAACUGUUCAACUUUGAAAAAACUCCAAAUUAACUGACAUUCUUAUAGGAUGAACUUCUUUUGGAAACUAUUUUCUGUGUACUUGUUCCAUAUUUUUCCUGUUUGCCUGACCAGACAAUAUAAAAAGUGCAAAGUUGCCUUGAAACAUAAGUAGUUGAAUAGAGUCUCAUAUUUCAUGAUCUGGCAUAUAAAAAUCAAAUCUUCCAGAUUCUUUAAAAUCUACCCGGAGGUUUCAGAGGAUUUUGUAGGAUCGAGGAAAAUAGAGUCCAGCUACCUCAACUUUAUGUGAGGCUUGAUGACCCUUGAAUGCUGACUUGCAGACACGUGCCAUGGGGUUCCUGUGGUGUGGUUGAUUUGAGAAGAUUCAGCAAGGUUCUUGGCUAAAAUGCUCAGGGAUUGGUUAAUGAAAUAGCCUGUGCCCCAAUUUUAACCAAUCAGGAGUAAGAACAGAAAGUAGUGUUAAAAUUCAGCAAAUUAUUGUCUCAUAAAUGGCAUAAAAUCCCUGCUGAUGUAAAAUACUGUACAGAUAUUGUUAUUUUUGUGUACACUGCAUGGGCCUGUCACUUGUCACUGCCUUGUAGAGUUAUUAAUCAUCAGACCAUUCUUUGAAACAGUUUGUAAAAUCUGUUUCUUGGAACUCUGAUGUGGUGUCCACAAAAAGUCUUGUUGUUUAAAAAAAAAUCUUGAUGAGUUUGAAGUGUCUGAAAUAUUCAGCAUAUAAACAUUGUGUUUUUUAAUCAAGGAACAAGGUGACUGGCUCACCAUUGACCGUUGUAAAAAUCGAAAAAGUGCACCUCGUGGUCAGAUUUGAAAAUUUGAAUUCGAUUGUAAUUCACUGUUCUGGAUGUAAUUUUGGGCUGUAGAUUAAUCCUCGUUCCAAAAGGUUUUAAGUAAAAGGUUUUGAUGAUAUUUACCGCAUCUACUAAACUGAUAAAAUAUUAUACACUAGUAAUAUCUCUGACUUGCACACGUGUUGUAAACAAUACAGUUGCUUGUAAGUUGUUAGUCAAAUAAACAUACUGUGCUUCGCAACAAG